ACCUUCACACAAUCACAACCAUAAUUCCAACACAACUCUUUCAUACACCCAAAAACCAGCCAAUACAAUGGCCGCUUCGUCCUCCUCCGCCGCCGCUUUCCUCGCCGCCGUAGUAGCCAUUUCACUAUUGGCCUCCCCGUCGUCGGCCUCCUCCAGGAGAUCUCUCUCCGGCGCAACGACCAACACGGAGUUCAUCCGUACGUCGUGCAGCGCCACCACGUACCCUCAGCUCUGCUACAACUCCCUCUCCGCCCACGCCACCAAAAUCCAGACCAGCGCCAGGCUAUUGGCCUCCACCGCCCUCGACGUCGCCUUAUCCUCCGCCAAGUCCACCUCCGCCACCAUGAUCAAGCUCCAACAGUCCCACGGCCUCAGCCCACGCCAGUCCGCGGCCAUGCUCGACUGCGUCGAGGAGCUCGGCGACUCCGUCGACCAGAUCCGCCAGUCCAUCGACGAGAUGGCCGGCGCCAGGGGCGCCGGCAGGUCCCCCGCCGACUUCCAAAUGAUGAUCAGCGACGUCCAGACGUGGGUCAGCGCCGCCUUGACCGACGAGAGCACGUGCAACGACGGGUUCGCCGGGAAAGAGAUGGCCGGAGAGACGAAGACGGUUGUGAGAGGGAAGAUUGAGACCAUCGCUCAUCUCACCAGCAACGCCUUGGCUCUCAUCAACGCCUACGCUACUCUCCAUCACUAGACCGUCGCCGCCGGUGAUUUAGCUGCUACGUACUGUGAGGGGGUAAUAUGGUACGAUUGUCGGCUGUAUAGAUAAAGCUGGUUGGAUCGUUGAGUAAUUGAGCGGUAUAUAAUUGCGUGGCGGUUGACUUGGCUUUUAGAUAGCAGGGCAAGUUAAGUUUCUCUGCUGUAAACUGGUAAGUAUAGUAGCUAAAUUUUGAGUUUUCUGUACUCAGUCUCACCCAUGUAACGCAAAUGAAGUAGUAAUGAUCUA